UUGACAUUCUCCUAAAAACGACCAGGGACAAAUCAACGACCAUCAUUCAUCUAAAGCGCCUAGAAAGAAAGAAAGAAAGAAAAAAUACAGAUAGAGAUUCUGCUACUGCUAGUCUGCUACAACGACAUUGAACAGCAAACAGCAAUAGUCAGAGGAGCUUGGUCUGUUCUGUAAUGAAACCUUAGAGGCUGCCAUGGAAACACUCUCACCUUCAUUAUGCACCACCACUCUCGCUUCCAUUUCCAAAAAACUCCCAAUUAAAGCUUCAAUUUUCAAACUUUACAACCCUAAAAAGAACAAGAACCACAUAAAAACCCAAUCUUUAUCUUCUUCUCUCAUUUCUUGUGUUUCUCUAUCAACAAAAGCAACAACAACAUCAACAUCUACACCUUUAACUUCAACUAAAACUAACAACCACUGGAUAGUUCUAAUGGAAACUCCUCCAAAGGGAGUCAAUUCAAAACCAGAAAUAAUUGAUUAUUAUGUCAAGACUCUAGAGAGAGCAUUAGGCAGUGAAAUAGAUGCUCAAAUGUGUAUAUACGAUGCUUGUUAUGAUACUCAUUUUGGCUUUUGUUGUGAUAUUGAUGAAGAUGCUUCCCUUGAACUUGCCAGGUUGCCUGGGGUUUUAUCAGUUAGGCCUGACCCAGAUUAUAAUUCUGUGGAAAAAGAUUAUAGUUCAGGUGUCAAGUUGAGUACAUUAUCAAAUCCACAAAUUGGAAGCAAGUUGUUGUUCCCUUCUGGGAAUACGAAACAUUGGCUGGUUAGAAUUGAUAAGCCAGGAGUUGGAGUUGUUACAAAGGCUCAAAUGGUUGAUUAUUAUGCUCAAAUACUAACCAAGGUCAUGGGAUAUGAGAAGGAUGCUCAAAUGUGUAUAUAUCAUGUUUCAUGGCAAUCGAAUUUUGGGUUCUGUUGUGAACUUGACGAGGAAUGUGCACAGGAGCUUGCUGGUGUUCCUGGUGUUUUAUCUGUUCUGCCAGAUAAGGAUUUUGAGUCGGAAAACAAGGAUUAUAGAGGUGAUAGCCUCAUCAAUUCUGCAAAUCCACCAGAUUCUUCAGAAGCUAGUCAAAUAACUCAUGUUAGAACAAAAAAACUUUUUAUAACUGGUCUGUCAUUUUAUACGUCUGAGAAAACCUUGCGUGCAGCAUUUGAGGGCUUUGGUGAGCUUGUUGAAGUUAAAAUAAUAAUGGACAAGAUUUCAAAGAGGUCCAAAGGUUAUGCAUUUGUAAAGUACACCACAGAGGAGGCUGCAAGUUCAGCACUCAAGGAGAUGAAUGGCAAGAUCAUCAAUGGCUGGAUGAUUGUUGUUGAUGUUGCCAAAAGCAACCCACCAAGAUACAGCAGGGGUCGACCAAGACAAGCAGCGUGAGAUAGAGGUGGGAGGCCUCAACCCAUGUGUGGUGAAUUACUGUGCUCGCCAGUCACCUGUAUCAUUUUCAUUGAAUUCGUAGUUCACAAAACCAAUAGUCAUUUCGUCAUUCUUGUCGUUGUAAACUUGUAAUUAAAUAAUGAACAUGUCGUCACUACAUUGAUUUUUA